UGCUAGCAUGUGGUCAACUGGGAUCAUGAAUUCGUUACAAAUUGUUUUGGUAUUCAGCCUCUCAAUAACUUUCGCCUUUGCUGAUCCACCAUCGCAAUCACAGUCGCCGGUAGUUUUAGAAGAUAAGGAUAAAAAGGCGACCGAAGAAUGCAAUGCAACUAUUCCAGUUCAAAGACAUACCCGUACGGUACUCGGCUCAGCCAUUGCCACUGGUAGUACAUUUCGAUUGACCCAAGACGAAAAAUGUUUUUUGAACUGUUUCCUCCAAAAAGUUGGCUUCCUCGACGCAAAUACUAGUAGCAUAAGAAACGGUCCAGGAUUAGUUAAUUAUACGCUCAGACAUUCGCCCGAACUCGUGAAAUACAGCGAUGUAUUGAUCGCGCAAAUAUUCCAGAUAAACAGAGUAACCAGAGGUUUUACUGAUAAUUGUUUCAAAGCUUACCUAAUUUAUCACCAAUUUGCACAGAAUAUUUUUGUAUUGGCGAUAGCAGACGGUUUGCAGAGUUACUCUGGAGUUAAAGAUAAACUUACAACCGCCACGCAAACUGGACAAGACGUAAAUCCAGAUCUUUCGAAACAAAUUAAUGAAUUUCUUGGAUUUUUCGAUACUUUGGUAACAUCAAUCGCCAAAGAAGCACCAUAAACAUAUUCAACGAGUUAUUGAUUUGAAGUGUUAUUUAUUUAUGCGCCUGUAUAAUUUUGUUUUAAGCACAAUUUUUGUGAAGUUUAUCAAUAAAAAUAUGAAUAUUUGAA